AUGAGUUCCCCUUGGCCAUUUGCAGCCUGGGGCAUGGAUGUUAUUGGACAGAUCGAGCCUGCUGCCUCCAAUGGUCAUAGGUUCAUUUUGGUCGCCAGUGAUUACUUCACCAAGUGGGUCGAAACUGCUUCCUACAAAGCUGUGAUAAAGAAAGUUGUGGCCGACUUUGUUCGCAACAAUUUGAUAUGUCGUUUUGGAGUUCCAGAGUCUAUCAUCACAGACAAUGGAGCAAAUCUGAAUAGUCACUUGAUAAAAGAGAUAUGUGAACAAUUCAAAAUUACCCACCGCAAUUCAACUGCAUAUCGCCCUCAGAUGAAUGGAGUUGUGGAAGCUGCUAAUAAGAACAUCAAGAGGAUACUGAGAAAGAUGAUUGACAACUAUAAAUUGAUACCAGCUGAAGUUGAGAUACCAUCUUUAAGGAUUAUUCAGGAAGCUGGAUUGAGUGAUGCCGAGUGGGUUCGUGACCGAUAUGAGCAGUUAACAUUGAUUGAUGAGAAAAUAAUGAGUGUCGUUUGUCAUGUCCAGUUGUAUCAACAGAGAAUGACUCACGCUUUCAACAAGAAAGUAAGAGUUCGAACAUUUGAGGUAGGCCAAUUGGUGUUGAAAUGCAUUUUCCCUCAUCAAGAGGAAUAUAAAGGGAAGCUUGCACCUAACUGGCAAGGACCGUAUGUUGUCCACAAAGUACUAUCAAGCAGAGAUGGACGGUAG